AUGAAAUUUUUGUUGAAAAUUCUGCUCGUCGCGGGCAUCUUGAUGUUCGCUUCUUCAGCUCCGCAAUUCGGUAGAAGAUUCGGGCAUCAUCAUCAUCAUGGGCAUGGUCGAUUCCAUGGCGGCGGUUUCGGAGGCGGAUAUCCUGGAGGUUAUGGCGGAUACCGAGGAUAUCCCGGAGGAUUUGGAGGAGGAUACCCAGGAGGCGGCUUUGGAGGCGGGCAAAGUGCAUCUUAUGCCAACGCACAAAGUUUCUCCGCAAGUUUAGGACCUUUUUCGAUAUCCGCUUCGAAUGCCAAUGCCGCAGCUAAUUCCUUCGGAGGAUUUGGGCGAUAA